UUAAGGUAAAUCAUAUUUGUUGUACUAUGUGUGCGCUGCCCAUAAAGUAUGCUGCAUUAAUGAAUUUUAUAAUGGCACUCUGUUUCUCUUCUCGAUCCGGGAAACUAUGCGACAUAUCUCCUCCCGGUGUCAAUAUGGCAAUAAGGGUGCUACCUGAUACCUCUUACCUGAAGUACAACUGCAAUCUUACCAAAGCCGCUAGCAGAGCUGCAAACAAUCCCGACGAGCCAUAUAAGGGAAGAGGGAAAGUCCUGCAAUUUCCAGAACAAACGAGUGCAAGGAACAUAGCGAAGGCAUUAUUAGCAGAGGUUGGAGUCAAUAUCUACCAAGAGUAUGGGUGCGUUAAACGCAAGAAAAACACCACCUGUGUAAUUGGACGUAGCGACAAGGAAAAGAAACAGUGA